GUGUUGCGAUUAUUACGAAAAAAAACUCACAAUUCUCAUUACAAUUGACACCGGCGAACGACGUCGAUCGUGGCAUUGUCCACACCAUCAAGCCAUAUCAUCCGCCAGCCGCAGUACCAGGCCACUUCCGUUCCAGCAAUUCUGGUGAAUUUUCAAUAUUUUGUUGGAAAUUUUGAUAGAUAUAAAGUACAAAGGUGUGGGAGCUUCUUGUGAUCGACAAGAUGACAACAUCUAAUCCUGCUAAGAAAUUAGUUUUUUCAGUGAUCCUUGAUUUGGAUGGUACACUUCUUGAUACAGAUGGAGUAAUACUUGAUGUAUUGAAGAGUUUCUUGAUUAAGUAUGGAAAGGAGUGGGAUGGGAGAGAGGUGCUUAGGAUAGCUGGAAAGACCCCCUUGGAAGCAUCUGCUGCUGUUGUUGAAGCUUAUAACCUACCUUGCACGGCAGAGGAAUUUGAAAAAGAAUUCACCCCAAUGCUCUCUGAUCACUUGAGCAACAUCAAACCUCUUCCAGGUGCCAAGCAGCUGAUUAAUCAUUUGCAUGGGCAUGGAAUACCGAUUGCCUUGGCUUCAAACUCUCCUAGAACUUCCAUAGAGAAGAAAUUGUCCUAUCACCACGGUUGGAAAGAAUCAUUUUCUGUUGUAAUUGGUGGAGAUGAAGUUAAAGCUGGAAAGCCAUCUGCUGAUUUGUUCCUCGAAGCAGCCAAAAGGCUCAAUGUCCAACCUUCCAGUUGCCUCGUUAUUGAAGAUUCCAUACCUGGUGUUACUGCAGGCAAGGCUGCUGGAAUGGAAGUGAUUGCUGUACCAUCACAGCCAAAACAAUCAUAUCUCUACACAAUGGCAGACGAAGUCAUUAAUUCUCUAUUUGAUUUUCGUCCGGAGCAGUGGAGCUUACCUCCAUUUCAAGAUUGGAUUGACGGAACCCUUCCUAUAGAUCCUUGGCACAUUGGUGGUCCUGUCAUUAAGGGAUUUGGCCGUGGCUCAAAGGUACUUGGCAUCCCCACAGCUAAUUUGUCCACACAUAGCUACUCAAAUGUUCUCUCUGAAUAUCCAUCUGGUGUAUACUUUGGUUGGGCGGGAGUUUCCAAACGCGGAAUUUACAAGAUGGUUAUGAGCAUUGGCUGGAAUCCUUACUUCAACAAUCCAGAGAAGACAAUAGAACCUUGGCUUCUGCAUGAGUUUGAGGAUGACUUUUAUGGAGAAGAAUUACGCCUUAUUGUUGUUGGUUAUAUACGACCUGAGGACAAUUUUCCUUCAUUGGAAAGUCUUGUAGCAAAGAUUUAUGAGGACCGGAGAAUAGCAGAGAGCGCUCUUGAGCUGCCCAUUUACUCAAAGUACAAAGAUGAUCCCUAUUUUAACAGCUUGUUGGAGACCACUGUUAGCCACACUAAGUCAUGACUAAUUGCAUAUGAAGAAACAUGUUUCAUUUGAUAAUUUUAUUGUAAUGGAUCUCUGGAAACAGAACUAUUACAAUACAUCUUCUCAUUUUAUCAUCAAAAUAUAAUAAUAAUGGAAGAUGUUCUUGUCCAUCUGGGCCGAGUUCAGUUGGCUAUGUGCUAGUUUGCUCUCCUUACUAUUCAUAAACAUGAUGUAUUUUUACAGUAUCUAUACAGUGUGGCUCUAGAUUCAUGUCUCCUUUUGCUGGCUGUAGACACAAUGCUCCAUAUAUUCAGGCAUGUUUGUAUCAGUUUUGGUACAGCUGUACGUGAAAGCCGGGAAUUUCUGAAUGUAACUACUUGUUCUAUGUAGCUAUUACUUAUAGCUUGUUUGUAAUUUGGUAAAAAUUUAAUGGUGACUACUUGGUGCUUUGAUGUGAAUGUCCCUAGUUUUUUUUAUGUUUGCAUUAUGGUUUGUGUCACACUAUUAUUAUUGUUUAUGGGCGCCUUAUGGCACUUUUCUC